AUGAAGGCCCAGACCCAGCAGGUGACGGCCCUGCGCUCCUCAGAGAAGCAGCUGAAGCAGGAGCUCAACCACCUGCUAGACAUGAAGCACAGCCUGGAGAAACAGAACCAGGAGCUACGCAGGUAGAGGGGGAUACACACACACACAGUGCGGCUGGCUUGGACAUAAGCAUGUCAAUCUGAAACAAGUGACGCACACAACUCCCACCACUUGGGCAUGGGGAAGAGAGAUGUGAUGGCCAAUGGAUGUUAGAUAUCAUGUCUGUCUGCCCCAUGCCCUAAGUGGUGGGAGUUUCAGAUUGACAUGUGAUUUGACAUGGCAGUGAUUGACAGUGAUUUUGCCAAAUCACAGGGAGAGACAGGAGGCUGACGGACAGCUGAAGGAGUUGAAGGACCAGCUGGAAGCGGAGCAGUAUUUCACGGUACUGUUGAUUUCUAGACACUCCCAAUGUGUGGAAAGACCGGGUUGCAAAAUGUUCCCUAAAUUUCCAGGUUUUCCAGAAAUCCUGGUUGGAAUACUCCUGGGUAUUUUGGGGAAGUGACAGGAAUUUUGCACCCCUAAGAAAGUCUAUUAUUAGCUGUUUCUGUCUAUUCAUUCUGCUUUCCAGUGUAUGGAUCUGUCCCAAAUGGCACCCUAUUCCCUAUAUAGUGCACUACUUUUGACCAGAGCCCUAUGGACCCUGGUCAAAAGUAGUGCACUACAUAUGGGAUAUGCUGCCAUUUGGGACUUACCAUAGUUGUUGACUGUUUCCUCUGUCUCAGACCCUGUACAAGACCCAGAUCCGGGAGCUGAAGGAUGAGUGUGAUGAGAGGAACAAGCUGUAUAAGGACAUUCAGCAGAGACUGGAGGAGUACCAGGAGGAGAGGUACUUGAACAAUAGGAUCCUACCAUAAACUGUUCCCUGACACUAAGGUUGCAAAAUUCCGAUAACUUUCCCAAAGUUCCUAGGUUUUCCAGAAAUCCUAGUUGUAAGAUUACUGUAAGAUUUCUGGAAAAUCUGGGAACUUUGGGAAAGUUACCGGAAUUUUGCAACCCUACCUGACACUAUUUGUUCACACUACUGAGCCAAGCCAAACUGAGCCGAGCUGUACUGGGCUGGGCUGGUUACGCAUCCACUGUAGUUGCUGGAACGGACCAUUUUGAAAGGAAAAUAUCAUCUUGAACCUCUGAGCACCUCUGACAAGCUCUUGGAGAUUAGUGUCAUUAGCACACACUGUCUCUCGAGGACUGUAGUCUGUCCAUGAAAGAUUAGCUGUAGCCUGACGUAAACAUGCCUUCCACACUUAUCACUCAGUCAAUUGCGAGAUGAUAGCCUGACAAUACUGCAGGUAAUAUGAUCAGCGUGUAACCUAACCUCCAGUCUACAGGCGAUGUGCCAUCAAUCCCCAUAUCACCAACACUAUGAGCUUUGAGCAUCUGACAAAAUUACGCAAGAUUUUAGUUCUGGGUUAACCAAGAUUAGCACGCACUGUAAAGUCACAGCCAGACUUUUUAAAGUGUGAACUCCUGUAACAGCAAGCCCGUAGGACUGUGGAUAAGUGUUUCUUAGCAAGCCCGUAGGACUGUGGAUAAGACAAGACAUAGCAUACAGACAUAGCAACAUAGGACAAACAAGACGUAGCAUACAGACCGAGCAACAUAGAACAAAAAGCAGCAAGACAAAAUUCAUAAAAGCAACAAAGUGUUUCCACACCUCACAAGUUACAGACAACAGACAUGGAAAGCGGCAACACACAGCUAGGGACCAUGUUCACAAAUCUGAUUGACCUUUAGCCAUGUCUUCAAGCAUUUUGUGAAAGUGUGAUAUGUGGUGCAGUUAUGUGUGUCUGAUGGCAGUGUAUUCCAGACAUGGGAAGCUCUCACAGAAAAAGCGGAUUUACUAAAGGUGCUUUUCCUUAGGGGAACUACACAGUCACCUCUCAUGGCAGACCUUGUGGAUCUGCUGCCAUAUGUUUGGGUUUUCUGUUUAACAAAAAUACUGAGUGGAGGGGGAGCCAAGCCAUUUAGGAUCUUGAAUACAAGACAUGCAUCGGUGUAUUGCACAAGAUUUUCCCAACUCAGGAGCUCAUGCUUUCUAAGGAUGUGACAGUGAUGAUGGCUAUUGGGCUUCCUAUCAAGCACUUUGAGAGCCUGUUUGUAGACAGACUGAAUAGGUCUUACUGUUGUACAGCAAGCUUGGGCCCAACUAGUCAAGCAGUAUGUUAAGUGGGGGAGUAUCAUAGAUUUGAAGUACAGUUUUGCUACCUCUGUAGUCAAACAAUUUCGUAUAAAUCGGAAAUUAGCUAGGUUGAAUUUGGUUAUUUGAAUUACCUUUUUCACAUGCUUUUUAAAAGAGAGGUUGGAAUCAAGUAUGAUGCCAAGGUACUUAAAAUCAGAUACCCCCUGGAGCUUCUCCCCUGACACAUAGACUUCUGGCUCAGUAGCAUCUGUUGCCCCCUUUGUGAAGAACAUGCAAACAGUUUUUUUCACAUUGAGAUGCAAACACGAGUCACUGAGCCACUUUGUAACCUGGACCAUUACAGUAGUGAGUUCUUGUGCAGCUUGUUGUUUGCUCUUUGCAUGCACAUAUAUCACUGUAUCAUCUGCAUACAUUUUGAACUUCAGACCCAGUACAGACAGAAGGCAGAUCAUUAAUGUACAGGCUGAACAGGAGGGCCCCAGUAUUGACCCUUGGGGCACACCCACAUCAUAGCUAAGAGUGGGCGAACAGCUCAUGCUCACUCUGACACACUGAGUUCUGCCUUCAAGGUAUGAUUUCAUCCAUCUCAAGGCAUCGGGGGAAAAGUUGAACUUGGACAAUUUUUGUGAUGAGAAUCUCAUGGUUAACAGUAACAAAAGCCUUCCUUAGGUCCAGAAACACAGCCCCAACAAUGCCCCCUUUGUCCAUCUUGGACUUCACAUUUUCCAGAAAAAAGCAGUUGGCCAUUUCUGUGGAGUGUUUCGCUCUGAAGCCAAACUGCAUGGAAUGUAAUGUGAAGGGGCUGUUGUUGAGGUGGGCAAUCAGUUGUUCUGCUACACACUUUUCAACAAUCUUUGACACCACAGGUAGUAUACUAAAGUGUUUCUUAGCAAGCCCGUAGGACUGUGGAUAAGUGUUUCUUAGCAAGCCCGUAGGACUGUGGAUAAGUGUUUCUUAGCAAGCCCGUAGGACUGUGGAUAAGUGUUUCAUAGCAAGCCCGUAGGACUGUGGAUAAGUGUUUCUUAGCAAGCCCGUAGGACUGUGGAUAAGUGUUUCUUAGCAAGCCCGUAGGACUGUGGAUAAGUGUUUCUUAGCAAGCCCGUAGGACUGUGGAUAAGUGUUUCUUAGCAAGCCCGUAGGACUGUGGAUAAGUGUUUCUUAGCAAGCCCGUAGGACUGUGGAUAAGUGUUUCUUAGCAAGCCCGUAGGACUGUGGAUAAGUGUUUCAUAGCAAGCCCGUAGGACUGUGGAUAAGUGUUUCUUAGCAAGCCCGUAGGACUGUGGAUAAGUGUUUCAUAGAAGUGGCUAUGGAGCUCAUUGAUGGGCCUGAGCAUAACGUUUGCUGAGUUUGGCAGCGCAAGAUUCAUGUAGGCCUUGGUCAAGUGACCGCCCUGACAAACAGUGCAGGACACUGAUGUAAUUUGCUCCACUUUACACUACAAUAUGGGAAAAAAUCCCACAAACCCUGAUUUUCCUGGUAUUCCGUGAUUUCCUUUCCAGCCUUCCAAUGACUGCUCUGACAUACAGUACUGGAUUAGAUUUGGUUUCAUUAACUUUAUUUUCCCAUAUAGUAGUGUGAGACUUUCCCCACAUUCCCUGUUAUUCCUGGUUUCCGGGUGUCUCUACUUCCCUACCCCGGGAUUCCCUGGCGGCCGUAACAGUACUGGGCAUAUAUUUGGUCUCGUUAACUUUGGUCUCGUUAACAUUUCCCAGGUUAUAGUGUCAAAUUCCCAAAUGUUCCCACAUUCCCUGAUAUUCCGGGUCUUCUUUCCCUCAGGGAUUCCCUGGCGGCCCAGCUGGAGGUGAGCCUGACCAAGGCAGACUCGGAGCAGCUGGCGCGCUCCAUCGCCGAAGAGCAGUACUCCUACCUGGAGAAGGAGAAGAUCAUGAAGGAACUGGAGGUGAAGGACAUGACGGCCCGACACAGGCAGGAGCUAGGAGACAAGGAGGCAACAAUCGGCUCGGUGAGAAGGGGAAAUGGAGAGGGGGGCAGAGAGAGAGGGAAGGAGGGGGAGAGGAAGGGAGGGAGAGGAGACAUGACGGCCCAACACAGGCAGGAGCUAGGAGACAACGGGGAGGGAGAGAGAGACUGACAGAGAGAGGGGGAGGGGGAGAGCGAGACAGUGCAUGAUGACGUAGUGCACAUAAAAAUAACUUCCAUGUACCAAAUAAUAAAUACAAUUUAAAUGUUUUUCCAUCGCAUUUUUAACUCUACUGAUGGUUUGUCACAAAAUAUUUUGUGUUGUAUAGCGAAUGUGCCCACUCUGGUCUUGGCAUGUGCACUCUAGCCAACAGCUGGCAGAUACAGUACUGGUAUAGCCUACUACAUGAUGAUUAUCAUGUCACCAGAAUCAGACCCUCAAUAUUUAUUAGAAAGGAGCAUCAAGCUCAUCACUGUGCACUUUCACCACCCUGUGAAGUUCAUCAUAACUUAUUUCAUCUGUAGCCUAAUAAACUGCAUGCUUUCCCAACAAGUCGUAGUGGGAGGACCACACAACAUGUAAUCGCGUUACUCCAACUUUACUUUGAUACACACACACACGCUGUACUUGGAGUGCCUGUAACGCCGACCUGUCCUCUGCUGCCUCCUACAGCUGGAGGAGUCCAACCGCACCCUGACAGUGGACGUGGCCAACCUGGCAAAUGAGAAGGAGGAGCUCAAUAACCAACUGAAGGAGAUGCAGCAACGUGAGUCGCCCCUCGUGUCAUUGUCUAAAGACCCCUCUCCCAAUGUACUCUGAGCCCAGGUUAACAGUGUCCAGAAUGUAACAGAGAGGUUGUGAUAAUGUUUGGUGAUGCUGUGUGUUGUCCAAAACGUUCCAGGGAUGUUGUGAGAAUGUUUGGUAUUGGUCUGGUGAUGCUGUGUGUUGUCCAAAACGUUCCAGGGAUGUUGUCAGAAUGUUUGGUAUUGGUUUGGUCCACAGAGCUGCAGAAGGCCAGGGAGGACUUGAACUGUGUGAAGAUGUCCUUCGAGAAGCAGCUGCAGACGGAGAGAACGCUCAAGAUUCAGGUGAGGGACUGGCAUUUAAAGCAUACUCAUUUUUCAAAAUGUCACAUACUAUAAAACGUUCUAUUUUCACAUACCCAAAAUGCCUACUAUUUAGAACGCAAGUAUGGGUAUUCGGACAUGGCCCAUGUUAUUGGUAGGGUAAUGGUUAGCAUAACACGCUAGCUCCUGGAGUACGAAUUAUAGUUGUGUUCAUGUCCUGGGUUCAGCAAGAGGGAGACAGAACUCCAAUGUUACAUAAUAUGCAUCUAUCUAUUGAUUUAAUAUAUAGGGUCAGUUGCCUAGUCCCGGACUAAAAAGCAUACUCAAUGAAGAAUCUCCAUUAAAUGCGAUUUUUGUUCCAGGACUAGCCUGAAUCGUGUGUCUGAGAAACCAGCCCAUAAAGUGUUUUUCAUUGAGAAUAUAUAUUGCAGUGUGCUGGCCAUUUUUCCAUUCCCAUAAUAUAUUGUGUAUAUGUAUUUAUCCACCAGGCGGUCAACAAGCUGGCCGAGAUCAUGAAUCGGAGGGAGACGUUGCGUACGGGUCACCGCGGCGAUGACACGCUGGACGUGCGCAGGAAGGAGAAGGAGAACAGGAAGCUGCAGCUGGAGCUGAGGUCAGAGAAGGAGAAACUCAACUCCACCAUCAUCAAGUACCAGAGAGAGAUCAACGACAUGCAGGCGGUCAGUCUAAAACACAACCACAACCUUAUACCAACCAUCACACAACCACUUUAACAGGCAGUCAGUCUGUCCAACCAAAACACAACUACAACCUUAUGCUAACCAUCACACAACCACAACUUUAUACCAAGCAUCACACAACCACUUUAACAGGCAGUCAGUCAGUUCAACCUAGUGCUGAGCGAUGAACAUUUCGGAAUUAUUUUGGUUAUUAAACAACUAAUUGACCGACGUCUGUUCAAUUACUUGAAUUCCAUUUGGUUCGUUUUUUUUGUGAGUCCAACGCGAGAAAUCAAAUAAUUCACGAGAGAAAUCAAGUCAAGAACUUUAUGUGGGACGCUGGGCUGAAGGGAGUUGUAGUUUUCAUUAAGCCAAAUAUUCAAUCUAGUUCAGCGCAGAAACGUGGUAAUUAACUACAAUGACCAUAAUCUGCCAAUUUUUUCCGUCUCGGAUAAGAGGGGUCAGAGAGGAAGAGGCGAAUGUAGAGGUUUUCACUGUCCGAAAUAAACCCAAUGUGUUCCUAUGGGAUUAUUUUGGACCUAAGCUCGUCGCCUGCCUUCCUUCCUUUGGUACUACGACCUCUGGACGGAUACACUUUUUUACGCCUGCAACAUUAAUUUAGAUACACAUAAAUGAGAGAGAAAUGUACACAACACAACGACCAGAGGGACAGAGACAGUUCGUGAAAGUAUGCCUUACCUACUUUGAAGAACUAGUCAAAUUAUUUCAUCAUACAGCUCUGCAGCAUGCUUAGCCAGGCUAGCUAAAUAGGAUGACUAAAGACAGUACAGUAUGAGGAGAACAGAGAUAACUGGCUGGCUGACUGCUACUAUCUAAGCAGAGAUGAGAUGAUGACUUUAAGGAAUGAAAAAUAAUAAAGUUGUCAAUAUAGUAAUAUACACAACUGGACUGUUUUAUUACUCCAUAGUAAUUUCCUAUUUUUCUAUUGAUGUCUACCCAAUGUGGACCUGACAGAGACAAUGGAAUAUUUUCAAUGUUUUGGCAAUUGAAUGUUCACUAUUUUGGGCUUUGGAAUUUACAUUAAAAAGCUCUAAAAUCAUUGUAAUGUCAUUAUUUUAUAUGCAUUUAAUACUUUUUUAAAUAACCGAAACCGAACCCACCUCAAAAAGCACUAAUCCCUCAGCACUAGUCCAACUAAACGCAAUCACCACGUUAAACUCAGCAUCACACAACCACUUGUUGCUGUGAACGUUUCACUAUGAGAGCAUGUUGUUAUUAUUACUAGGUAGUGGUGUGGGGAGUGAGGCCAGUUGGCUGUAAUGGCCUCCCACAAUUACAUCGAUAUGAAGACACCAGUAAAUCCUACCUAACUGACACUCUUUCGGCUAAAGUCCAAAAUCUGUGUGUUUCCACCUCCAGGUGAUAUCGGACGAGAGCCAGGUGCGCAUCGAGCUGCAGAUGGCCUUGGAUAGUAAGGAUAGUGACAUCGAGCAGCUGCGCUGUCAGCUGACCUCUCUGAGUGUCCUCUCCAUGGACUCCACCAGCAUCAGCAGCGGCAACGACCUGGACAUGGACGACAGCGGUUACCCAGGUAACAACACUUUCAACACCCCUCACUUCAACACUGGCCACUUAACACUGUUAGUCACUCCUCCCCCAUCUCUGUGCUGUCUCUUUCCACAGUAUUUCUUCUCUCUAUCACUCCCUCUAUCCUCCCCUGUCUCUCUGUCUCAACACAAUGUCCCUCACACGUUUAUUUCCCCCCCCCGUCACUCCUUUAUGGCCUAUCCCACCCCUUCUUUCACUAUUCCUAAACCUCUGCUUUAAGAUACACCUGUUAUUCGUUAUUCCUGCCUGUUUUCCCUUCUUUCUGUUUCUCUUCACUAUCCAUUCUCUCUCUCUCUCUCUCUGUUGUGUCGGCGUAGUGCACAUCACUCACUCCCAGACCUCUGAGUCCAUGUCCUUCCACUACCAGCGCACGCAGAAAUCUGUCAGCAUUGCCAGCCGGCCCUCCUUCAGAGUAUCAAACCCUCUCUUUGGCUCUGACUCUGAGAAUGAGGAGCAGGAAGAGGAAGAGUAUGAAGGAAAUGACGGGCGGUUAGAACAUGGCCUCCAACCUUUGGCCCUCACCUAUGAGCAGCCGCCCGCAGAGUCUGACCGCAGUGGUGCAGGUGAACCCGCAUGGUGGUUCAAAGUUCAAACACAACGGAUAUAGUGGCCAAAAUGCGCACCCUCCUCUGCUGUCUGCCUAACACUACUGGCAGUGGCUUUGCAAUGCUACUAAUACUGCUUGGUGUUUUGCAGCUGUGUGCGGAAAGUUGCUGCCUAACAUUUUGUGGCCCCUGUUAACCUUGAGUUGAGUCAGCUCAAACUACAGUAUGUGGACUGUCCAAACUUUUUUCCUGUUGGAAUGGAUCCAGUGUAGCUGAGCUGCAUCUGAAAUGGCCCUCUGUUCCUUAUAUAAUGCACUACUUUGACCCAAAAUGAGCGCACUAUGUAGGGAAUAGGGUGUCAUUUCGAAACAGCCCUGCUUUGUUUCAAGCACCGUUGGUAGAUGAUACCAAAAUACAAUUGCAAGGAAGGCAUGUAAAAAAAUGUGUAUAGAGAUAAAGUAAUUGGCUACAUGGCAUAGUAUGUUUCACGCAACGUGUUGGUUUCGACAACAGUGGUUUAACUUGUUGAGACAACGAAGUGUGCCAUGUGGAUUGGCUCCUAACCUCUGCUACUUCUCUGCAGUAUGGAAUAUACUGGAACUGUGUAUUGCUCUUAUUUGCUAAUGUAAUUCCGGUUUCCUGUAUGCUAAACAGAUACCAGGCUGGAGGGCUGGCUGUCACUUCCUGCCAAGAAUACCAAGAGGUUUGGUUGGGAUAGAAAGGUAUGGUGCUCCCUCUGUCUCCGACUAUCCUUCUGCUAAUGCAGUCCUGGGUUCUAAUAGUAUUUGAAAUGCUUUAUCUGCGAUUGAUUGAGCUCGCUUGGCUCAAUGAAACAAAUGGAAUAGUCCCAAAAGUGUAAACGACACCCAUUUGGCACUCCAUGCAGGCUCAAUCAAACACUCAAAAGUAUUCAAAAGAAAACAAUACUAUUUGAACCCAGGUCUACAGACAUUGAUAUUUCCCCCAGCAAUCGAGAUGAUAAAAGUAGUCUGACUGUGAUUCUUGCCCUUGCUCUUCUUUCUGUCUCUGACAGUAUGUGGUAGUGAGCAGUAAGAAGAUUCUGUUUUACAACAGUGAGAUGGACCGAGAGCAGUUCAACCCAUUCAUGAUCCUAGACAUCGAGUGAGUGACGACCUCCUCAUUCUUAUGUGGCUCUGUCCGCUCCCAAAUGGCACCAUAUUCCCUAUAUAGUGAACUACAUUCGACUAGAGCCCAUAGGGCUUUGGUCAAAAGUAGUGCACUAUGUAGCUAAUAGGGUGCCAUUUGAGAUGCAUCCUCUCUGUUUUCGUCCCAUGCAUUUCUAUGGCCUCCGCUGAUAAAGACCAAGUGCUUGUAUUGAGAUGCCUAUCAUAACCUAGUUCUCUCAUUCUUUCCUCCUUGCAGUAAGCUGUUCCACAUCCGACCGGUCACUCCGACAGACGUGUACCGCGCAGAUGUCAAAGAAAUCCCCCGGAUAUUCCAGGUAACAUAACUCACAGACACAAAUAUCGUUUUUACUAUUCAAAGUUGAGCCAGCUGGACUGGUUUCGCAUUCUUCUAUGUUUUGAGCAGUAGAAAACCGGUAAUGGUGAGUUUCACUUCUCUCUUGCCUGUCUUCCCCCUCACAGAUUCUGUACGCCAACGAGGGCGAGAGCAAGCGGGAUCAGGAGUUUGCAGUGGAUCCGCUGGCUGACGAGCGCUCGUCCUACGUCAGGCACAAGGGUCACGAGUUCAUCCCCACGCUCUACCACCUGCCGUCGAGCUGCGAGGCGUGCACGCGGCCCCUUUGGAACGUGUUCAAGCCGCCGCCCGCACUGGAAUGCCGCCGCUGCCACACCAAGUGCCACAAGGACCACCUAGACCGGAAGGAGGAGGUCAUCGCCCCCUGCAGGGGUCAGUAGAGGGCAAAGGUCACAUCUGGGGGGGCCGGGGUUCAAAUACUGUUUGAAAUCUUUCAACAACCCAAACAAAUAUUGAGCAUUUGCCCGAGCCUGCUUUGAGCGCCAGAUGGGCGGGGUUUGCACUUUUGGGACUAUUCCAUUGGUCCCAUACCGCCAGGCAAGCUCAAUAAAACAUUGAUUUCAAAUAUUAUUUUAACCCUGGUCUGCUAGGGUUAGAGGAGGGAAGGGUUGAAUAAAAAAAAAAUUAAACAGUCUUUAGAAUGUUAGUCCCUAUUAGUAUUGUUAACCAAUAUAUAGCACAGUUCAUAAUAGUACCUAUUUAUGACAGUUUUUUUUUUUUCUUCUACCUGUUUUAGAGUGUAUUGAGUAACCUUAACCCUCGUCCCUCCUCAGUAAACUACGACAUGUCCACGGCCAAAGACCUGCUCCUAUUGGCCGGCUCUCAGACAGAGCAGAAGAGAUGGGUCAGCCAGCUAAUCAAACGCAUCCCCCGGAAACACCCCGCCCCUGGCCCCGCCCCUACUGCAGCCUCCGCUGCCCAAGCCCCCGAGCCACCCUCUCGCUCCUCCCCCCGACUCUCCCCACAUGCCUCCCCCCGCAACAUCCCCCAACUCUCCCCCCACUCCUCCCCCCACUCCUCCCCCCACUCCUCCCCCCGCAACACCCCUAGCCUUUCCUACCGUGGAGCUAUCAAGAUCCAGCCCAGCCGCCAGCAGACUCAGCCUGCAGGGAAGCCCAGGUGAGACUAUGGAUGGGGUUUCAGACAUGGGUUUAACUAGGAUUGGAAAUCUUUCAAAUACUUUGAACGUUUGCUUGAGCCUGUCUGAAAAGCCAGAUCGGCAAGCUCAAUCAAGCGCUUUUGAAGGAUUUGGAAAAAUGUUGUGUAGUGUAGGAGUGCACUUUCCACAGUAAUCACAUAAUGGUUACUUGUCUUUUAGACCAGAGUUAUCUUGCUUAGUUUCAUGCCAGUUUAUGAGCUAAUAAGUAACUUAGCUAACUUAACUUAUAAACUAAUCUGCAAUCUUGGCAUAAUGUUCUUGGUGCUGCUUGAAUCUUUUAUGGACAAUAGUUAUCCCAAACUGAGUCACAUAAUGUGUGCCGGUUUCCCGGACAAAGAUUAUGCCUAGUCCUGGACUUACACACACUUUCAAUGGAGAUUCUCAACACUAACCCUUCUCAAAUAAACAAAGCCAUGUUUGUGUCAUCAGUGUGAGGUCCAUCGUUCACCUCAGCAAUAAAUACGAAGGGUAUCGAAAACUUCAGAAUGCUGGAAAACUCAUUUACUCACAUGCUCAACUAGCUCCUAACUCACUCUCUUCCACUGGCCACUUCCCUUAGCGCUGGCCCCAUGCUCAGAAUCAUCCUCCACUGACCCUUGACUCCUCACCUUUGACCCCCCCAUCAUACUAGUGCUAAUCACUCUGCUAGACUGUAAGUAGCAGACCCCAGUCAGUAUUGUGUGUGUCUGUCUGCUGCACUGCCUGCCAUGUCGUCUCCACUAACCACCCCCUCUUUCAACUUAUCCUCCACCCUCUGCCUCAUGUCAUGCAUCUCAAGUAACUCUACAGGGCUGACCCUAUGUCCCAACGCUCUACCAUUCUAUCUUGGUGUGCGUAUGUGCUGGACUAGGGAGUUUUGCAUCAUAUUUCUUACACCAGUCUUUUCUUUUUCAAUCCAUGAAGGUGUAUAAGUGUACAGUUAGGGCAGAAUGGUAGAGAAUUGGGCAACUGCUCACUGUAGUGUCUGACUAAAACAUGGUGCAUCAAUGCUGCCAUGGACUUCACAGGCCUUUGUAACAUUGUUACAAGUCCCUUCCGGGCCAUGGGUUGACGCCAGGGCGACUCCCUCUACCGUUUCAGAUUGCUUGUUGAUUUUGAAAGCCUGAAGGACUGGAGUUGGUCGUUGGAGGAUGUGGAGGAUGACGAUGAUGAUAAUGAUAUGUUCGGCUUCUGAGGAAGUGAGGGGUAACUUCAGCAGUGGCUGCUGGGAAAUUGAGUUUUUGUGUGGAGUUUGUUGGAGGCCUUGAGGCCUGAUGCAUGUGUGGCUCCAUUGGUAAGAGCAUGAUGCCUCAGUCGUAGGUUCAAUUCUGGGAGGGAUCACAUAGACUAAAAAUGUAUGCACUCACUGUACUGUAUAAAAGUGUCUACUAAAUGGCAUACCGGCAUUAUCAUCAUAUUAUGCAUGUUUUGUGUGAUUUCAAUAGGGGCAUUAUGCAUAAUUGAUUGCCAGUAAUGGUUGGGUUGUGUAGAGCUUUGCACUUUCUGAUUGCAGUCACUUUGAGUUGGACAUUCACUAUAAUAUGAUGAUGAUGAUAUCUGCUGAAGAUCCCACCACAGUCAGUGUUAAUGUGUGUUUGAAUUGUCAGAGAAGAUCGACAAAUCUUUGUUAAAUUGCAUGCUGUGUGCUGCUUGUUUGUGGUGUUGAUGGCUGGUGUUUUGUUAUCUGUUUGGUGUCUGUGGUGUUGAUGGCUGGUGUUUUGUUAGCUGUUUGGUGUCUGUGGUGUUGAUGGCUGUUGUUUUGUUAGCUGUUUGGUAUCUGUGUCCGUUGUGUUGAUGGCUGGUGUUUUGUUAGCUGUUUGGUGUCUGUAUGUGUUGAUGGCUGGUGUUUUGUUAGCUGUUUGGUGUCUGUGGUGUUGAUGGCUGGUGUUUUGUUAGCUGUUUGGUAUCUGUGUCCGUUGUGUUGAUGGCUGGUGUUUUGUUAGCUGUUUGGUGUCUGUAGUGUUGAUGGCUGGUGUUUUGUUAGCUGUUUGGUAUCUGUAUGUGUUGAUGGCUGGUGUUUUGUUAUCUGUUUGGUGUCUGUGGUGUUGAUGGCUGUGUUUUGGUUAGCUGUUUGGUGUCUGUAUGUGUUGAUGGCUGGUGUUUUGUUAGCGUUUGGUGUCUGUGGUGUUGAUGGCUGGUGUUUUGUUAGCUGUUUGGUGUCUGUAUGUGUUGAUGGCUGGUGUUUUGUUAGCUGUUUGGGUGUCGUAUGUGUUGAUGGCUGGUGUUUUGUUAGCUGUUUGGUGUCUGUAUGUGUUGAUGCUGGUGUUUUGUUAGCUGUUUGGUGUCUGUAUGUGUUGAUGGCUGGUGUUUUGUUAGCAUGUUUGGUGUCUGUAUGUGUUGAUGGCUGGUGUUUUGUUAGCUGUUUGGUAUCUGGUAUCGUGUUGAUGAUGGCUGGUGUUUUGUUAGCUGUUUUGGUGUCUGUGGUGUUGAUGGCUGGUGUUUUGUUAUCUGUUUGGUGUCUGUAUGUGUUGAUGGCUGGUGUUUUGUUAGCUGUUUGGUGUCUGUAUGUGUUGAUGGCUGGUGUUUUGUUAUCUGUUUGGUGUCUGUAUGUGUUGAUGGCUGGUGUUUUGUUAGCUGUUUGGUGUCUGUAUGUGUUGAUGGCUGGUGUUUUGUUAUCUGUUUGGUGUCUGUAUGUGUUGAUGGCUGGUGUUUUGUUAGCUGUUUGGUGUCUGUAUGUGUUGAUGGCUGGUGUUUUGUUAGCUGUUUGGUGUCUGUAUGUGUUGAUGGCUGGUGUUUUGUUAGCUGUUUGGUGUCUGUAUGUGUUGAUGGCUGGUGUUUUGUUAGCUGUUUGGUGUCUGUAUGUGUUGAUGGCUGGUGUUUUGUUAGCUGUUUGGUGUCUGUAUGUGUUUGCACGCACACAGUUAUGUGAAUAAUCCAACUUAAUCUAGCAAAAUGCCUUAUUUAUUUAUCUCUUCACAGUUUACCUCUAUGAUACAAAGAUGUGGUGA